CUUUGCUUUCUCAUUCUGUAAUCGCGAAGGACUUGGAGGGUUUACUUUCUUCUUCCAGAUCAUUACUGCGUGGUUUGCUGGGCCUAUUUUCUUAAGGAACAAUAAUGUUCGUUGUAUAUGUCAUUUACGGUGUUUUUCCUCAUGAUGAAGGAGCGAUUACUAGUUUCCUUUAAUUUCACCUUUUCUUACACUCAAUAGUCUCCCUAUUUAAGUAUUUGUUAAUAUUUCUUCCAAUUUUAUGGUAAUAAUUUUGAUUUAUGAUCAACGAAAGAUUGUUGUUAUGAGUGAGCUGAAAUGUUGGAACUUUGUUGUGAUGCAGUGAAAUGCCUCCUUAAUUUUAACAAUGGUUGACUUUUUUUUUCUUUUAUCUUUAUAGUGUAGAUGAUACUUAAUAAUCAUCUGUUAAUGUUGUGGGUUUCUCCAUGGGGUCAGUCAUGUAUCUUCUGCAGUAGUUUUUAACUAGAGUCUUGAUCUGGUAGCUAUCUUUUUAAUAUCAAAUAACGGCUCUGCCAUUUAUAAAUUAUGACCAAAGAUCGAAACAUGAUGGGAUUGAGAAAAGAUUCUGGGAAACUAAGAGAAAGUUGUGAACAAUAAUUAAAUUAUGUCCAUCGGAUUCCAUCAUUGUGGGUAUAAGGCUAAUGAAUUGAAGAGCCAACAUAUUUUCGGUUUGUAAAGUCACCUUUAUUGGAGGGAAAAAACCAUGAUGGUCAUCUUUAUUGGAUGCUAAAUGCUACUGUCUACAAUAAUCAUAAUAAAGGGAAUUGCCUCUCUCUCCUUCAACAUGUAGUAUCUUUUAAGCCUUCUUUUCUUAAUGGAUGCCAACUUUCUUGUUUAAGUUUUUGUUCAGGUGGGGAAUGGGAUCAGAUAGGCAACACAUUAUGUUUGUUGAACCUGAGACUUGAACUUUCAGAACAGGCCAUUACAUCAACGGCCGUGAAGAAAGGAGGACUAUCUGCAGGGGAUGUGGCAGCACAAUACAAGUAUGGGAACACUCUAGUUGAUGUAAAAGUUGACACAGAAUCAAAAAUUUCAACGACUUUAACUUUCACUGAGGUCAUCCCAUCAACAAAGACUAUUGCUUCAUUUCAACUGCCUGACCUCAACUCUGGCAAGCUGGAGGUUCAAUACUUCCACAACCAUGCAACUUUCACCACGGCUGUCUCUAUGAACCAGACCCCUGCUAUCGAUCUUUCAGCAACAAUUGGAACCCCAACCAUUGGUUUUGGUGCCGAAGCUGGUUAUGACGCCACAGCUGGUCACUUUACUAAGUAUACUGCUGGCAUUAGCGUGACAAAACCAGAUUCUUGUGCCACGGUAAUUUUGGGUGAUAAAGGAGACACUAUAAGGGCUUCAUACGUGCACCAUUUGGAUCGAUUGAGGAAGAGUGCUGCCGUAGGAGAGAUCACCAGAAGGUUUUCCACAAACGAAAACACAUUGACUGUUGGAGGGUUAUAUGCAGUUGACAACCUGACAGUGGUCAAGGCAAAGCUCAACAAUGAUGGGAAGCUUGGGGCUGUCUUGCAGCAUGAGCUCAUACCAAAAUCAAUUUUGACCAUCUCUAGUGAGUUUGACACCAAGGCAUUGGAGAAGAUACCCAAGUUUGGGGUAGCUCUUGCUCUUAAGCCUUGAAUUUGUUUUUCUCCCAAUUAUGGCAUUUUACUGAAAUUCAAUCUCAUUUUUUGUGUGGCGCUUUAAAACGGGCACAAGAAGUAGUUCCAUAGAAAUAUUUGUUUUAGGGCGUUAUGAACAUUUGAGUGGUUGCUUUGCUACUUGGGCUUGUACACGCCCUUUUCCCCAAAAUGAUUUUUUUUUUUUAUAAGCAUUUUGAUAAUUUCCCAAUUAUUCUCUUUAUGUAUCCACAAAUGGAAAAAAAGCUAAGCUCCCUUUUUUUUUUGGGUGGCAUUGCAUACACAAAUAGGAAUUGGGGAGAAAAUCUUACGCGUGGAGGGAAGAAAUUGAACUUGGGGCCCCAUUAAAUCACCCCUAAUUAAUUAUUAGGCGGGGAACAAGAAGUCUUAAGCAGGGCUUCUUUUUCUCCUUAGCUUGAAUCCCACCAUUUACAGUCUGUAUGUCCUUUGUGCUUCUUAUUUGCACUUGUUUCAGUCUAAUAUGAAUGCUAGAUACGAUCUUUCAAUUUUUUA